AUUUGCAGGAUGACUUUUGUGUAAAGCAUGAACAAAAAUUGAAGGAAGCUAAGAGGAUGUUGAGGAAAGUAGGAGAAAACCCAUUAGAAGGUUUGGUCAUGAUCGAUAACCUCCAACGCCUAGGCAUCGAUUACCAUUUCCAAGAAGAGAUUGAAGCACUUCUACAAAGCCAAUAUACGAAAUCCAACGCUACUACGCUUGGUUAUGACCUUUAUGAAGUUUCUACUCGCUUUCGUCUACUAAGGCAAGAAGGGUACAAUGUGCCCGCGGAUGUGUUUAACAACUUUAAGGCUAAGAACGGAAAGUUCAAACCAGAACUAAAUGCAGAUAUGAGAGGGUUGAUGAGUUUGUAUGAAGCUUCACAGCUAAGCAUAGAAGGAGAAGACAUUCUUGAUCAAGCCGCAGACUUUAGUACCCGAGUCCUUAACGGUUUGAUGCCACAUCUUUCUCAUCAUCAAGCUCGAGUUGUCAGCAACACACUGGGAAAUCCCCAUCACAAGAGCCUAGCAAGGUUCAUGGCAAGAGAUUUCCUUAGUGAUUACACGAACCCAAGUGAAUGGGAAAAUGUCUUGCAAGAACUGGCGAAAAUGGAUUUUAACAUGGUUCAAUUCACACACCAAAAAGAAAUACUUCAAGUAUCAAAGUGGUGGAAAGACACGGGUUUGGCGAGUGAACUGAAGUUCGCUAGAGACCAACCUCUAAAAUGGUACAUGUGGCCUAUGGCAGCCCUCACAGAUCCAAGGUUCUCAGAGCAAAGAGUUGACCUCACAAAACCCUAG